GUUGCAAUGUAUUCCAGAAGAGAGCUUGAUGAUAUGGAGUAUAGAUACUACAGUGAAAUGAAAGAUGGCACAAGGAAGGUCAAAAUCUCAGAGUCUCUGUUCAGGUGUCCCUUCUGCUACAGAGAUCGCCAGCGGGAUUACCACAAGUUUGAGGACUUGCUUCGUCAUGCCUCUGACAUUUGCCAGAGUUCCCGCACUAAGGAUGGCCGAGAAAUAGCUCGACAUUUCGCACUCAAGAGCUACAUGAAGAAGUACCUCCGCCCUUGUGAAACACCUGAUCUCCCUAAAGAGGAGUUCACCGGAAACUGGACAGCUGGCUUUGCAACAGGAGAACUGAAAGGCUUUGAGAAAUCCACUAUUGCUGAAGCUGAACUAGUGUCUGUAUCAGUACAUGAUGCUGUAGGAAGUGGCCAAGAAAGACCAAAGUUUUCUCCUGAAGCCAACUCCUUUUUAAGCAGCGAAGACAAAGCAUACACUGCCAAAAGACCUUGCCUCGUUGCUGGUGCUAAAGAGGGAGGAGAACCUGUACAACAGAUUGGUCUCAGUUAUGGUGCUAAGGCUGCUCCCAAAUAUCCUCAGAGGCGUGAUUCUUUGGGUGCUGAUACUCAGGAUCCGAUGUUUGUGCAUCCAUGGAAAGGGAUCUUGGCCAACAUCAGAAGAACCUAUGAUGAAAACCGAAGGAGGUUUGCUGGCGAGAGUGGGAACAAGAUAAAGGAGGAAUUGGUCAGCCAAGGGUUUAAUGCCCACAAAGUCGAGCCACUGUGGAACUACCGAGUUGGCUUUACUGGUUUUGCUCUUGUUCACUUUGGUAAAGACUGGGAAGGAUUCAGAAACGCGACCAUGUUUGAGAAUCAUUUUGAUGUCAAUCAGUGUGGGAAGAGAGACUAUGAUGCUGCAAGUUCACGUGAUCGAGGCGAUAAACUUUAUGGUUGGAUAGCCAAAAAGGAGGACUACCAUUCGAGAACUGUUGUUGGUGACCACCUUCGGAGCAAAGGGGACUUAGUGACUGUUUCUGGUAAAGAGGCAGAGAAUCAAAGAAAGGCAAUGUCGCUUGUCUCAAACUUGGAAAACACACUGGAGACCAAAAACACUAGCCUUCAACAAAUGGAGGUCAAAUACAAAGAAACCAGUACGGCGCUUGAGAAAAAAAUGAGAGAGAAUGAUGAAAUGAUCGAGGCUCAUAAUGAAAAAAUGAGUAACUUGCAGCAAACGGCGCGUGAUUAUUUGGCCAGUAUUAACGAAGAACAUGAAAAGGCCUCUCGCCAUCUGGAGGCUCAAAGGAUAGAAUUCGAAGAGCGGGAGAAAUAUCUAGAUAAGUGUCAAGCACAGAACAAGACUGAGCGAAGAAAGCUUCAAUGGCAAAAACAGAAAAACUUAAUGGCUACUCAAGAGCAAAAUAAAGUUGAUGAAGACAUGAUGAGAUUGGCAGAACAGCAGCAGAGGGAGAGAGAUGAACUACGCGAGAAAGUCCGUAAGCUGGAGCAAAAAGUCGAUGCUGAGCAGGCAUUGGAGUUGGAGAUAGAGCGCAUGAGGGGAGACCUGCAGGUGAUGGAACACAUGCAAGAAGGGGAAGACCCAAAAAUCAAGGAAAUGAUAGAAAAGACUAAGAUGGAACUGAAGGAGAAAGAAGAGGAGGCAGAGUACCAAGAGUCUGUCUAUCAAGCCCUUGUUGUGAAAAAUAAUUACACUAACGAUGAGCUUCAGGAUGCCCGCAAGGCUUUGAUCAAAUCAUUGCUAGACUUGAAACUACGCACACAGACGAUCGGUGUGAAGGCAAUGGGAGCAUUGAGCGAGAAACCAUUCCAAAAACUAGUGAAGGAGAGAUAUCCAGCAGAAGAAGUUGUUGCAAAAACCGAAGAGCUCCAUUCCUUGUGGGACAACCACCUGAGAGACUCGGCUUGGCAUCCGCUCAAGGUCAUUGUGAAAGACGGAGACCCCAAGGAGGUACUGAAUGAGGAAGAUGAGAAGCUGCAAGAACUGAGGAAAGAGAUGGGUGAAGAAGUGUUUAAAGCUGUGACUCAGGCGCUUCUAGAAAGGAACGAGUACAAUGGAAGUGGAAGGUACAUAGUGCCUGAGCUUUGGAAUUACGAGAAAGGAAGAAAAGCUACUCUCAAGGAAGGAGCGGUUAUUCUGCUCAACUUGUGGAAACAGAUGAAACCCAAGCCGAAGGCGAAGCCGAAGCGUAGAUAA